AUGCUAAUUCAUGGAAUAACUGGAUCAGGAAAAAGUACAACAGCUAAGAAAAUAGAAGAGUUUAUAUGGAAAUUACAUGAGUCAAAUAUAAAAAUUGGCAAUCAAUUACUCAUACCUGUUUAUAUUUCGUUACCUUCUUUAAAAAAUCCAGUUUUUUAGGCAGUUGAGGAAACACUUCGUUAAGUUGAAUAUGGUUUUGAUGAUCUUUAAUUGAGAGAAUGUAAAGAAAAGUUGGGAAAAAAGGAAUUCCGAUUUUUAUUUAUUAUGGACAGUUACGAUGAGAUGAAAUUAGAAAAUAUUUAGAAAAAUUUAUACUUUCAUAAUGAAAUUAAAUAAAAUUGGUCGGACCCACUUGUUAUUUUUAUUUCAAGAAGUGAAAUUUUUACAAGCAUUGACUAUAUUGAUUGGUUUGAGCCUUAACAAAAAAACAAAUUUAAAGAAAUCGAGCUUCUAAUAUUUGACUAGGAACAAACAAAUGAAUAUUUGGAAAAAUUCACAAUGUAAAGUAUUAAAAUGUUGAUUUUUGAAAUAUAUGAAAUGGAAACAUAAAUUAAAAAAGGAAGUAUAGAUAUCAAAAAAUUUGAAAUGUGCUGGGGAUAAUUGUAUUCGUAAUUAUUGAAAUUUGAUAGAUCAUAGUUGAAAAUCUGAGGCUCUUUUAAAUUAAGAUUAAAUAGAUAGAAUUUUAGUAUUUCUGAAGAAAAAUGAGUUUAUUUCUUUCGAAAAUAUUGAAGCUUUAAGAAGUUUGAGCAUAAAUUUAUCAAAAUUAUGGAGCAUUGAAAAAUAUUAGAAUAUUAUGGAGUAGUAAAAUUUAAAUAAAUUAGUUGAAACUCCAUAUAUGAUGGAAAUAAUGGUGUGGGUGUUGCCUUCAAUGAUGAUUAAAUCGUUUGACAUAAUUAAAAUGAAAUAAAACUUCAUCAACAAUUUCUCAAAAAUAUUUAAAGUAUUCGAAAAAAGCGAAUAUUUGAUUAAGAUGUAUUAAUAGUAAUAGAAAAAGCAUUUAAUAAAAUUAAAUAAUGAAAUUUAUGAUGAUAAAUUGGAUAUUACUCAAUAAGAUAUAUAAAACUUGGAAAAACGCCAUUAUUAUCAAAUUACUCUUAAAAUUUGGGAUAAAAUGGAUGAGAAUUUAAUUCCUAUUCAACUUUAAUUAUCUUAACAGUUCAGUGAAUUAAAUAUUCAACUUUUAAAGAUAUUGGAACCUAAACUUCUAUUACAAAAUCAUAUGUUAAAUAAAGUCGAGAUUUAAAAUGAAAGCAUAAUCUCUUUAGUUUGCGAUGCAUUAAAAGAAUAUAAUCUUACAAGCUUUGACUUUUAUGAUGAAUUUAUUAGUUAUUACUAUUUGAAAUAAAUAGAAAAAUAGAAAAAUUUAGGAAAAUCUAUAAAUUUUGAUUGUUUUUUGUUUGAUCUAUAAAAAUAUUCAAUUAAACUUGCAAAAAUAAUGACUAGAAACGAAAUGACUUAAGUUUAAUAUAAAUAUUAAGGAUUAUUAUUUAAAGAUGAAGCGGAAGAAGAAAAAUGGCUAAAUGAAUUUUUUAAUGAUGAUGGUAAAAAAGGAAAUUAUAAAAAGGACAUAAGAAGUUGCUCAUUGAUCUAAAACAAAGGUUAAAACUUUUCAUUUGUACAUAAGUCAAUUUAAGAUUUCCUAAUUGCAGCUGAUUUAUAUUAAUUGUUAGCUUUGUCAAAAGAGCUUGAUGGGCAAGUCUUGAGGUAUUUGGUGGAAGAGAUUUCAAAAGGAUAAAUUGGAAAUUAAGAUUGUUAAUUUAUCAAAGAAAUUUUUCAUAAUAAAUCUAAUAAUUUAUCCUUAUUUGUAAGAUCAUAGUAAUUUGCAGAUAAAAUUAAGUUAACUAUGAAACUUAUGAAAAUUAUUGAAAAACAUGACUUUAAUUUAAUCAAUUAUUCAACUGAAAUUUAUUCAGAAACAAGAAAACAUCUCAUAUCAAAAAUAUCCUAAGAGAAUAAGGUGAUAGAAUUGUUUAAAUUUCUGGUUCAUCUUACGAAAAAAGAUUACAAAUUCAUUUAAAGUGGUAGCAAUUCACUAAAUUUAUUGGUUGAAAUGCAAGUAGAUCUAACAAUGCAAAAUUUUUCUAAAAUAUAAAUUACAAAUACAUCAUUAAUAGGAGCGAACUUUGCAAAAUGCAAUUUGAGCUAAUCAAAAUUAGAAAAUGUAGAUAUUAAUGGAAUUAAUUUAAAUGGUGCUUAGUUGUUUAAUUGUAAAUGGAAAAAAUUAUUAAUACAAGAGCUAUUUCAACUAAAUGAUCACUAUUCUGUAUAGGCAGUCUGCUUUUCUCCUGAUGGUAAUAUCUGGUAGUUAGGAUAAGUCAAUCUGUUUAUGGGAUGUUAAAACUGGAUAAUAAAAAUUCAAAUUGAAUGGUCAUAGUGAUUAGGUCUACUCAGUAUGCUUCUCACCAGAUGGAACUACUUUAGCAUCUAGUAGUGAAGAUAAGUCAAUCAGAUUAUGGGAUGUUCAGGAAGGAAAAUAAAAAGCCUAAUUAGAUGGUCAUAAUAGUAGUGAAGUAUACUCAUUAUGCUUCUCACCAGAUGGAACUACUUUGGCAUCUGGUAGUAGUGAUAACUCAAUCAGAUUAUGGGAUGUUAAAACUGGAUCAUAAAAAGCAAAAUUGGAUGGUCAUACUAGUUAUGUAAAUUCACUCUGUUUCUCUCCUGAGGGUAAUUCAUUAGCAUCUGGUAGUAAUGAUUCCUCUAUUCGUUUAUGGGAAAUUAAAAUAAGAUAAUUAUUUUAGCCUUCAGAUAAAAAAGAUAAAGAAAUUUUAGCAGAAUUUCAAAAAUGUCCUUUUCCAGAUAAUGGUAUGUAUACAUAUUUAUCUAGUUACGUAUUACCCUUUUCUAAUUAUUUAAUAAGCAUUGAACUUUGAAGCAUAAGGAGCUUUAAUACUUCGAGGAGAAUUUGUUCAUCACUCAGGCAUUGAUUUGAAAACUUUAUUAAAGCAAAAAGGAAGCUACUUUUUGGAUUGUAUAAAAAAGAAUUGA